AUGUUAAAGACUGGUGAGAAAAUCAUGAAAAUCGAAACUCACGACAUGCACACCGGAGGUGAGCCUGUGCGAAUCGUCGUUUCCGGCAUGCCUGAACUGAAGGGUUCUACAAUUUUGGAAAAGCGGGAUUAUGCACGAACUCAUUUGGACGACUUCCGCAAAUUAAUAAUGAACGAGCCGAGGGGUCACAAAGACAUGUAUGGUGCUAUUAUAAAUCAAGUGGACCCAUUUGACAAAGACAUAGGGGCAAUCUUCUUCCAUAAUGAAGGUUACAGUUCAAUGUGUGGUCAUGCUGUUAUAGCUCUUGGCCGGUAUGUAUUAGAUAGAGGAUUGGUAAGGCCUACUUCUCCUGAAACUGAGAUAGUAUUUCACUGUCCUUGCGGACCUGUCAAAACUGUAGUCCAGUAUAAUAAUGGUUUUAGUGGACGGUUUUCAGAAUUGAAAUUAGAAUGCCAAACUGUGCCAACUUUGGCGUUAGUCUGCUUGGUGGAUGAUUCUGUUUGUGGAUUGCAUCAAGUGGCAUUGUGCUAG